AUGCCGCGAAGAGCACGCAUUCACUUUCGACCUCAAGGACUCGCCGUCCAUCUAACUUGGGUUCACGCAGAUGGCGCAGAUGCCCCGAAGCGAAAGCUCGAGGCAUAUGUCGGCUGGACAGGCAUGGCGUCUGCCUCGUCGCUGGCGCACUUCAACAGCGCAGGCAGUACCGACAAAGGCCUUGAAACCAUUGAGAUGGAUCCACAGUUCGCGCAAGGACUUGGACUGUUGUCCGGCGACGUCGUAGAGAUUGGGUUGUUGCACGACCUCGCAUACGCCAAAACAGUCGCUACUGAACCAGAACUCCAUGCAUCUCACGUCGAGUCGACCCUCCUCUCGCAGGUGAGAGUGGCUGCCGUGGGACAAGAGAUCGAUAUCUGGGUGCUUGGGCGCACUAGAGUUCGUCUUAGAGUGGAGCCCUCGACAUCAGGCAAGGCACUCCUGCUCACGACGAGCACCGAAGUGAGUAUAGCUCCGAAGCUGCACGCUCGACAAAAUGGCGCUGUCGUCAAUGGCAAGACCAAGCAGAAGAAACAUCGCAGUGCCAACGGUAAGGUCGACGGCAUCAGCGGUCCAGCAGAAGGCCACGCAGGGCCAACACCAGCCGAUGAAGUUAUACGCUCGCCCGCGCGCAUGAUGCGCGUGCUUCCCCAGCGACUGGUCUCACUGCCAUCGAUGCUGGUCAAUUCCUCGCAGGAGUCGGACGUGAUUGUGGCGUACGUUUCGAAAGCCACGCUGGGUGCUCAGAACGAACCUUCGGGCUCCUCGUCCGACCCGCUGCCUUGGCGUGCUCGUGUCAGGAGGCUGUCGCCACCGAGCGAUCCAUCGCAAGAGCAGGCAUCUGGAGCACCAACGGCGCCGCCUGCUCCCCGCGUACUUAUCCCUAACGGAGAAGCAUCGAAUACAAAGGCACUGUCGCAGCCGCCCGAGAAAGUGCGUGACGAGGUGGUGCUGAUCUGGUCGCAGGGCGUGCCUGUCCCGGAAGGUCAUAUUGUACCGUGUGGCCAAAUAGAAUGCGUGGAAGAUGGGACAUGGCUCAGAGUAUCUUUUGUCGCGCCGGAGGCUGCGUCUCUGCCCGAGCUGGGACACUUUGCGGAGCCAAACUCGCAUAUGUUGAGUGACACCAUGCGAACAUUGGAGCCGAGAAAUCAUGGCCUAGCCGGCGUCGACGACAUCCUCGGCAAAGCCGUCAAGUUCUGUCAGACCAACUUUCUAGUCCAUGCAUUCGGGAGCAGGGUCCGCGGAGUUCCGGGGCUUCUGGUGACCGGUCGGUCUGGAGCGGGGAAGACAUCCCUCCUACAUGCGAUCGCGCAAUCGAUGCAGGAAGACCCCACAAUUUUUGCAUAUGUACUCCAUGUGGACGUGUCAAAACACGCCGAGACUCCGGUAGGCAAGACGCGCGAUCUGCUUCGAUACUGGAUAGCCAAGGCGACAUGGCAUCGGCCCUGCGUCCUUGUCAUGGACAAUAUCGACAAACUGAUGAGUGCCGAGCUCGAACAUGCCGACUCGUUCCGUAGCCGUCACAUCACUGAGCUGUUCCUAUCUACGUUUGGCCCGUCAUCGCGUACUGCGGCUCCCAACGCCAACGGCAUAGUCCUCCUCGCGGCUGCUGAGUCUCAGGUAGCACUGCAUCCAUCGCUGAACUCAUCGCACCUGUUUCAAGAGGUCGUUUCUUUGAAACCUCCUGCAAAGGAUGCUCGACGAGAUAUCAUCAGCCAGCUUGUUCGGGAGCUUAUGGAUACGUCAGAUAUCACCGAAGACGUGUCCAAAUCUGUCAACUUCACUGCUCUCGCAACGCAGACUGAGGGAUACUCCGUGACCGACCUCAAAGACUUCGUUGCCAGAGCAGUGCAUCAAGCCGCGAUUCGUAGUAGAGGGGAUGGCGAUGGUGGAGAAGGGGUGACUACACUUGUUCCGGAAGACUUUGCCACGGCUCAGGUCGACUUCGUCCCUCACUCCCUGCGUGACGUGAAGCUGCAGAAAUCUGAAGUAGAAUGGGCGGAUAUCGGUGGGCUCAACGAGACCAAACGGAUUCUCCGAGAGACUCUCGAGUGGCCGACGAAGUAUGGACCUAUAUUCGCUCAGUCCCCCUUGCGCCUGCGUUCUGGACUCCUACUGUAUGGCUAUCCUGGCUGCGGCAAGACUUUGCUGGCUUCGGCAGUGGCGAAGGAGUGUGGGUUGAACUUCAUCAGCAUCAAGGGGCCUGAGUUACUGAACAAGUACAUCGGAGCAAGCGAGAAAUCUGUUCGAGACCUCUUCGAACGGGCGAGUGCUGCCAAACCAUGUGUCCUUUUCUUCGACGAGUUCGAUUCCAUAGCCCCCAAGCGAGGGCAUGAUAGCACCGGUGUGACCGACAGAGUUGUGAAUCAGAUGCUGACUCAGAUGGAUGGUGCUGAGGGGCUCGAUGGCGUUUACGUAUUAGCUGCCACAAGUCGGCCUGACCUCAUUGACUCAGCCCUUCUGCGUCCAGGUCGACUGGAUAAGUCCUUGCUCUGCGACAUGCCCACUAUUGACGAGCGCAGAGAAAUUCUAGAAGCACUUAGUCGUAAAGUCAAGGUUGCUCCGUCCGCAAAUAUCCAAGCUAUUGCUGGUGAGACGGCCGGAUUUUCUGGCGCAGAUCUGCAGGCACUGGUGUACAACGCACAUCUGGAGGUCAUACACGAAGCUCUUCCUGGCCCGUCCAGCACUGCGAAAUCGGUCGUCGAUGAUGCCAGCGACGGAGUGCAUGAAGAUGAUAUCAAAUACAGCCAACUUGGGGAGUCAUCACCUGAGUCUCAGCAGGUGCUGUCAAGAGCGGAAGAGGCAGCGUUUCAACGACGUCUCCAAAGGAUUCUACACGAGCCACGUACCCAACAAGAUGACCAAAGCUAUGCCACCGCACAGGACAAACCAGUACGAAAGCUCGGAUGCUCUACACAUCGUCGUACUGAGCGAUACCCCAUGCAGACAUACGAGAUCACUGACGCGCAUCUCCGUCGCGUUUUGCUGAUAACACGUCCUUCCGUGCCCCAUGAGGAGCACGAACGAUUAAGUCGCAUCUAUCGUACCUUCGUGUCAGACAGAAAUGGCGAGUUGCCGGUACCUCCGGAAGGUACGGAAGUAGGUAGUCGGGUAUCCCUGAUGUAG